AUGCUGACUAGAAAAUAAUCAAGAGAACAAUAACAAAAGAAACAAAACCAAGCUUCAAAAGCAUCUCAAUAGCAUUCUUCUCAUAAUGAAAGUCUCUCAACUGAAAUUAUGGAAAAUGUUAUAAUUGAAAUGCUAGAACUGUUAGAUGUUUAAAACAAGUUAUAGAUAGAGACUGAUUUUCAAGAAAGUCCUUUAGAUCCUUAGAUAAAAAGAAUAGAGGAUUAUAAUAAUUGUUACAAUAAAGAGUUCUUUGAAUCUUUACUCAAUGAUUAAAUUGAUUUGAGUAAAUGUUUGCUCAAUCAUCAAAUUAGAGAAUGGGUUCGAGGUAAAAUGGUUGAUUGGAUGAUUGAAGUUUUUGCCGCUAAUCAAUGCAUAAACGAUAAUUCAUUUUUUAGAGCUGUUAAUUUGAUGGAUGCAUUUCUUAAGAAUACUUACAAUUAUACUGAAUAACAUCUAUAUUUGAUAGGUGUUACUUGUAUAUUCAUAGCUUCCAAGAUUGAAGAUAUAUACUCUUUUGGAAUUAAAACUAUAACUGAAGAUCUUUCUCAUAAUAAAUUUUCAUCAUACUAAAUUAAAGAAUUUGAAUCAAUAAUAUUAGAGACUUUGAAUUAUGAUACCAAUUUUCCAACUGUCAACGAUUACUUAUAAUAUUUAAGAUAUUAAUUAUUUGGUUAAUCCUAAAAGUAUUCAAAUGAUUUUAUUUUAGUUAAUCUGUCUAAGUCAUUCAUGAAACAGCUGUUUAUAUUCUAAAAAUGUGCUAUCAUGAUUAUUAACUAAUGCAAAAUAAAUAGAUGCUUUUAGCCGCUAGUAUAUUAGGAUACACAAUUUAAAAUUAUAUAGAAAUGCACAUGUCUAGUUUAGGAGGAAACCUUAAGAAAUAAUUGCUAUAAACAGUAUAAAAUUAUAUCUAUUCUUAGCAAAACAAUCUACUAAGAAUUGGAAACCUUGAUUUAUUUGAUUUUUUAGAUUGUCUUUAGAAAGUAAAAAAAUUAACAUAAAACUUUCACAGAAAGUAUCCUCUUUAUCAAAACCUAUAGAAAUUUAAUUGA